CGCGUGGGCGUGUCCAGCCGAGCCCACUGCUGCUAGCUCAACUAGCGCGCCUCUGUUUUGAUUUCCGCGCUGUGUUGAUGCUUUCCUCCACGGUUUCCCGUCCGGAGGCAUCGCGGAAGGUUCGUGAAGCUCUGCUCUGAUGGACGUCCGGUGACGCGCCCCUCGCAGCGCAGCGCCCGUCAGCCUGUGUGAGCACGGUAAUCGGCGGUCCGGGGAAGUUUGGGCGGAAGCAUUAAUGUUGUCCUCAGGUGCAGUGACGUGAUGCUCAAAUAAUAUCAUGGUGCAUGUGCUAAAGACGUGGUAUUUGUCCAGAAGCAGUGUGUUUGUGUGACUCAUUAGUUUGUGAAUCUCCUGCAUGAAGAGCAGCACCAGAUGCUCCCGGUGUGUCAGACAGCGGAUCGAGGUGUGACAGUCACCCCUGAUCCAUCUCCAGAGACGCUCCCGCUCCCCGCGCCCCGAGCCCAGGCAGUGAGCGCCGGCCCGCGAGCGCACCGCAAGCACAGCGAAGCAGGCCACGGCGCGCAGCCGGAGCGCGGCAGCAUGGAGGUGGGCAUGCGCGUGGUGCGCGGCGUGGACUGGAAGUGGGGGAACCAGGAUGAAGGAGAGGGGCACGUGGGCACGGUGGUGGAGAUCGGCCGGCAGGGCAGCACCACCACACCCGACAAAACUGUGGUGGUGCAGUGGGACAGCGGCACUCGCACCAACUACCGCACCGGAUACCAGAGCGCCUACGACCUGCUGCUGUACGACAACGCACAGAUCGGUGUCCGACAUUCAAACAUCAUCUGUGACAGCUGUAAGAAGCACGGCAUCAUGGGAAUGCGCUGGAAGUGUAAGGUGUGUUUCGACUACGACCUGUGCACUCAGUGUUACAUGAACAACAAGCACGAGCUGACGCACGCCUUCGAGCGCUACGAGACGGCGCAUUCGCACCCAGUGAUCUUGACGCCGAGACAGAACCUGUCCAGAAUCAUCCUGAAGGUCACCAUCAACUCUGACACUUUGCUUCAUUUGAGUUUCAGCCGCUGUCACAUCGAACACCAUACUCCCAGAGAGUUUAACUGCCGCCCUGUGCUGCUUCUGUGUGUGUGUGUGUGUGUGUGUGUGUGUGUGUGUGCAGGAGGUGAGGGGAAGGUGGGGAAGGUGGUGGAUAUUCGUGGAUGGGAUCAGGAAUCGGGUCGUAGCGUGGCUAGCGUCACCUGGUCCAGCGGAACCACAAACGUCUACAGAAUGGGCCACAAGGGCAAGGUGGAUCUGAAGUACGUGUCUGAUGUGCAGGGAGGAUACUACUACAAGGAGCAUCUGCCCAGAUUAGGCGAGCACGCGGAGCUGCAGCGGCAGGACAGCGCAGACAGUCACUCGUUCCAGCAGGGUGAUAAGGUCAAGUGUCUGCUGGAGGUGGAGAUCCUCAGACAGAUGCAGGAGGGUCACGGCGGCUGGAACCCAAAAAUGGCGGAGUACAUCUCCAGAAUCGGCAGCGUGCACAGAAUAACGGACCGCGGGGACGUGCGCGUCCAGUACAGUAACAACAUCCGCUGGACCUUCCACCCCGGAGCGCUGACCAAGGUGAACUCGUUUGCCGUGGGUGAGCUGGUGAAGGUGCUGGACGACAUUGACAGUGUGAAGAGACUUCAGGUGGGACAUGGAGAGUGGACCGACAGCAUGGCUCCAGCUCUGGGUCAGGUUGGGAAGGUUCUGAAGGUGUAUGCAGACGGUGACCUGCGCGUGGCGUUCGGAGGUCAGACGUGGACCUUUAACCCCGCGUGUCUCUCUGCCCAGCGUGGAGAGGUCGACGCCAAUCUGAUGACCGCUGAGAACUCCAGCGAAUCAGGAAGUACGGUCAUCUCAGUCCUGGAGAAGCUGCUGUCUCAGUCCACGGAGCAGGAUCAUCCGGGCCGGCUGGUGAUCGAGGCGGCUCACGGGAACACUGUUAAAGUGUGUGAACUGGUGCAGAAAUACCCUGAGAAGGUGGAUAUUAAGAACCAGGGGAAGACGGCUCUGCAGGUGGCCGCUCAUCAGGGGCACGUGGAGGUGGUGAAGGCUCUUCUUCAGGCCAACAGCAGCAUCGAAGCUAAAGAUGAGGACGGAGACGCUGCACUGCACUACACAGCCUUCGGGAAUCAGGCAGAAAUCACACGCUUGCUGCUCAGUAAAGGAGCCAGUGUGAACCUGCUGAAUAACUCCAUGUGUACGGCGCUGCACAUCGCUGUCAAUAAAGGCUUCACGGAUGUGGUGAGAGUGCUGACGGAGCACACGGCAGACGUCAACCUGCAGGAUUCGUAUGGAGAUACACCCUUACAUGAUGCCGUUGCUAAAGACUUCAGGAGCAUCAUUGAAAUCCUGACUGUGGUGCCCAGCAUCGAUUUCACCCAGCAGAACAACCGCGGCUUCAACCUGCUGCACCACGCCGCUCUGAAGGGCAACAAACUAGCCACAGAGAUGAUCUUGGCUCGAGCGCGACAGCUGGCUGACGUUAAGAAGGAAGAUGGUUUCUCUGCUCUGCAUCUGGCCGCUUUGAACAACCACCGGGAUGUAGCUGAGAUUCUCCUCAAAGAGGGUCGUUGUGACAUCAACAUCCGCAACAAUCGCAAUCAGACGCCGCUGCAGCUGGCCGUGACUCAGGGUCACGUGGCCCUAGUGGCCCUGCUGGUGACGGAGGGGGCAGACGUCAACGCUGAGGAUGAGGAUGGAGACACGGCCAUGCACACGGCUCUCAGCCGCCAGCAGCUGGCCUCCGUCAUGAGCAGCGGCGAGGGCGAAGGAGCGGCGCUCUACAGCAGGUUGUGUAGCUCAGGGCUGAUGGGAAACACGGAGCUGAACGUAGGAGCUGCUAUCGCUUGCUUCUUGGCACAGGAAGGGGCCGAUAUCAGUUACGCCAACCAUAAAGGUAAAAGCCCACUGGACCUGGUUACAGACAGCAGCGUACAAACUCUCAUCCGGAGCUUCGCAGAGAAGCACAGACUUCAGGCCGUCACGUGUGGCACGGGCACCAGCAGCAGCAGCAGCAGUCUCAGGAGGGUACACACUACGCCCAACACCAUGACCAACCUGGCCAUGCCCAGCGUGACGGGCCCCAGCGAGUGCCUGAUCUGCUCCGAGCUCGCACUGCUGGUGCUGUUCUCUCCAUGUCAACACAGCGUCGCCUGCGAGGAAUGUGCUCACAGAAUGAAGAAGUGUAUCCGGUGCCAGGUGACAAUAACAAAGAAAAUCCGGCAAGACCAGACGGAGGUGGAGUGCAGCCCCAGCUCAGAGAACUCGGAGCAGCACAACCUGCUGGAGCAGCUGCAGUCGCGCUACAGACAGAUGGAGGAGCGCAUCACCUGCCCCAUCUGCAUCGACAACCACAUCAAGCUGGUGUUCCAGUGCGGACACGCCUCCUGCAUCGACUGCAGCGCCGCGCUCAAGACCUGCCCCAUCUGCCGGCAGACCAUCCGCGAGAGGAUCCAGCUGUUCGUCUGAUCCGCGGGGCUCUGAAGGGAAGACGCUCGGCUGUUUGUGCUUCAUCGUCUGUCCUGUCCUGAGCGUCAUCAUUUAGCCGUGCAGCAGGACCGGAGGAUGGGAUAGAUGGCCAACCAAUGACUGCCUUUGGUUUUGCUUGUCUGCGUGUGCAUCGCGUUGAACAUCAGCAGGGCUUUCAGCGAUUUAGGACCUGGUUUUGGAUCGGUCGGACAUCUGCUCGGAGCCCGGCUGAACAUCUGCAGCUACAGUAUUACCGAGAGAAGAGGAGUCUGUCAGACACCAGAGGAGCUAGAUUAUAAUGAAGCCUAACACAAAUGUGACCGAAAUCAAAGC